CGUGACGUCAUUUACGGACGGCCCCAAGGCUGCAGUAAAGGUCAAUAACCACUGCUGUAAAGGAUGAUAUCCGGCGAGUUUGCAUUGCAAGAUGUUCUCUACAUUGGACUGUUCCAUGAAGGCAGCAAGCUUUAAUGGUGCAGAGCAACGCACGAUUUCAAGCUCGGUCAAUCUCCGCGCAACACGGAGCCAAACAUAUCCCAACUGAGCAUGUGGGACCGAGGGAGCUGAGGGGGCCCGGGGGUGGAGACUCACGGUUGCUGCUGCCGUACCGCGCCACCACCAAUUGAGAGGAAGAGGUUGGGCAGGUGACAGGGUGGCAGGCCUGGAUCGGCCACUGAACGGCACGGAGGAGGGUCCGUCCGUCUGUCCCUAGUUUGCGAACGGUGAAGUUAUUUUCUAGCAUUCCGAAAAAGCCACAUCUACGCGCCUGCUACAUACAGUUGAGAAGCACUGGUUUAGAUAACACCGUCUGGUGGCCUAAUGCGGUGGUUCCCAACGUUCCUGGACCCGCGCGACCACUGUCAACCCUCAAAAUACUUUCACGGACCAAUGUAUGGUGUUUGGUGAAAGUAAUAAUCUGCAACAGUUCCACUGACCACUUACCAGGCAGGGUUUUACUGACCCACAAGUGUUCCACGGAUCACAGGCUUGGGGGAACCUGCAUCUGCCAAAUCAACGUUUGUCAAACAAUGAAUGCUAACUUACCACUGAGACGAAAAUAACACGUUGCUUAUAUUGCAGCGCACACGGUGCAAGGUCCACCACUGAUUGCUUGUCUACCAAUCCCGCUGUCACACGUUAUCAGUGCAUAGCAAUAUACCGCAUUCAAGGCACACAAAACCCCAUUUCUCCACCUCCCAUAUUUAAUCACGCAAACGUCAACGACGCCUGAAACGAAGCGGAGCACCUGUUACCUCAUCUCGUGGCGUUGGAAAUUAUUUACGUUCAAAAAUGUCGCAAGUAGCCUUGUGGGUGCUGAGGAUUCUGGAGAUGGCUGGAACGUGCACAGCCUUCAGCCUGCUGGUCCACAAGGGCGGCUGGGGCGAGCACAACUACGGACACUUCUGCAUGGCCGUGUGGUGCAUCUGCUUCAUCCUGAGCACGAUCGUGAUGAUCGUCGAGAUAUCGAGACUCUACAAGAAACUGCCCUUCUCCUGGAGCGACCUCACCAUCACCAUCUCGACGUGCUGCUGCAUAAUGCUACUCCUCGUCUCCAUCUUGUACCCGGUGUUCUCCCUCAAUGGAACUCAAGUCACCGGCGAAGUCAAGGGUUUCAGGAUCGGGACCACGGUGGCCUCCUGCCUGACGACCCUUGUGUACGCCGCGGAGGUGGGAGUCGCACGUCACACUGCCGACGAGAUGAACGGCUUCAUGUCCACCAUCCCGGGCAUCCUCAAGAUCGUGGAAGCCUUCAUUGCUAUCCUCAUCUUCUUGGUGGUCGAUGAUAAAGACGUGUACAACACGACGCCCGCAAAGGAGUGGUCCAUGGCUGUCUACUGCCUCUGCUUCAUCGGGUCUUUUUUGGCAAUAGUUGUGGCCAUAGUCAAAUGGCCAAUUCACAGAUUUGACCCUCCCGUGGACAAAAUCAUGUUGGGAUUUGCUGCAUUUGCUGUCGUCGCAUAUGCUUCUGCUGUCUUCCUCUGGCCCAUUUAUUCUUUCGAUGGUGCCUUUCAAAUCGCUCAGAACUCAAGACCAACCAAUUGCCCGACCGAGUGGGGUGAAUGUGAAUAUGACGACAAUGUAUCAGUGACUGUAGCUACUUGUUUCAAUUUCAUUGUUUAUUUAAUAGAUCUUAUCUUGAUAACCAAAAAGGUACUUAAGCGAUAACCUAAUUAUCGCAUACAUUUUCAAACUGGAAUUAUAUACCAACGUUUUGCCCUCUGCAUAUAUGUACAGGACCUUGAUUGCGUGAAAUUAGCAUGCUCAUAUUUGGAUGAAAUAUUUGUACAAUAAUAUAAAAUGAUUGAAUUUUGAUUUAACGCUUUCGU